AUGAAGGGUGGGUCUCCCACAGGGGAAUCGUCAACAUCCCCGGCACCUCCCAGCUCCCCUUCUGAUCCACCUCCACUUUCAACCCCAUCGCCUACACCACCCCCUUCUCCCUCGCCUGCCCCUGCCCCUGCCCCUCUUGUUCCACCUCCUCCAUCUCCAUCACUACCCACCGGACCACCUUGCCGCACAACAAUCACUGCAGAAGAUGGGAAAUCUGUGAAUGGGUGCCCUGAUGAGGUCUUGUGGCAAGCUGUUUUUGACGGGGAACUGGAACUGGCAAAGGCUGCCAUCAAAGCGGGGGCAGAGGUUGAAGCGAGAGGGUCUGGAUACACUCCACUGAUGGUUGCAUCGUUCAAGGGUCAUGCAGACAUUGCAUCAGAGUUGUUGAUGAAUUCUGCGGACCCCAACGCCAUAGGCACUUUUGACGGCAGCACUGCAUUGUUCUUUGGAACUGCCAGAAACGACAUUGAAAUGAUAAAUCUGCUCCUUGGCGGUGGGGCUGACCCUAACUACCAAGACGUGGAUGGGUUUACUGCUAUCAGCAUUGCUGUUAGAUUUGAAUUCCCCGUUGCUGCAAGGACUCUUGUUGAGGGUGGGGCAGAUGCUGGGCAUGUGUCAACCAAUGGCACCACACCGCUGAUGGAAGCAGCUGCAUUGGGCAACACAAGGCUUGUGGAUGUCAUCAUUCAGGCAGGGGCAGAUGUUGAUGUGGGAAGCGACAAUGGCACAUCAGCUCUAUCCUUGGCAUCAGGCAAUGGUCAUGCCUCAGUUGUGAGACAACUGCUUCAAUCUGGGGCAACCAUCAAUGGCAAAAGCCUGUCUGCCCUAACACCACUGAUAUCUGCGUCAUUUGGGAGCCAUACAUCAGUUGUCAGACUCCUCCUCAAUGAGGGGGCUGACCCCAACCGCACUGAUGUCUUUGGUCAAACUGCACUUCAUUAUUCCACACUAUCGUUGGUGGUGGGGUCCCAGCUCAUUGCAACAGCCUUGCUGGAUACAGGGGUGGAUGUCAAUGUUCAAGAUGAUGCAGGGUUGACGCCCCUGAUGUGGACUGCAUGGCAUGGGAACAUUGACACCAUGAAGGUCCUGUUGGAUCGAGGUGCUAAUCCAGGGAUCUUGUCACUUGCAGGCAAGAACGCCUCUGAGCUCAUUUGCCAGUGCCUAAAGACGGUUGGGCUGCCUAGCUUUAUUCAGUGCACCCCGUCGGGCUGCAGCGAGUCAGGCACCAUAAGCGCAAUAGAGGAAAUUUUGGGAUGA